UAGAUGAUAUAUAGAUCCAUCAAGCCUCCAUUAAAUACAUCGUUAUGCUUCCACACACAGACACCAUAACAGACAAUCAAAUAUUCAAAUGGCUGGGAAACAAUCUGCUUCUGCUUUCAUCUUCCUGUUGUUCUUUCUUUCAGUUGGGUCGACUUUGAUAUCAGUUCAUGCACAGAAAACUUGGUGUGUGGCAAAACCAUCGUCCAGCUUGGCGACUCUUUUGAAAAAUAUAAACUUUGCAUGCUCACAAGUGGACUGUGGUUGUUUGCAACAAGGUGGCGCGUGUGCUACACCUGCCAAUGUAUUCAACCAUGCUUCAGUUGCCAUGAACUUGUAUUACCAGUCUAGAGGAAGAAACGCUUGGAAUUGUGAGUUUGAAAACUCGGGUCUUGUUACAGUUAGUGACCCAAGUUAUGGAGGCUGUUCAUAUGUUUAGAUCAUCGGGAUAGAAGUUAUAGAUCUACUAUAUGAAGAAAAGUUGCUUAUUUGAUAUUAUUAUCGUUUUUUGAAUCAAAUUUGGAAGCUUAAUAUAUAGAUGCAUCUCGUUUUGUAGUUUACUCAAGUUGGUUACUUGUAACUCAUGAUUCAAUCUUUCUUGCCAAUUUGUCCUAUUUUCCACCAUAAAAAAUACUAUAAUUUGUCAA